UUGAAUCAGAACAGCUAACAUAAAGAUGACUGGGAAACUCUAUAUUGAAAUCCACACUAACCGCAGCAACGGCGACGCGACCGACAAACAAGUAUCAAUCGAAUCAUAUGUAGCACUGUAUGUCUAUGAAUUUUGCGAUAAACCAUCCAGUAUUGAACUAAAUUUUGUGGAACAUAACGAAGACUCGAGAACGGACGACUUUCCAUUAAUGUUAAAUAUCGACCAAUUCCAGUACAAGCAAAUAAAAUUAGAUCGAGACAAUCAUGAGGUGAGUGACCUAAAAAUGCCCAUGUUUGUGAAGGAGAGCACGUCAAUUGCAGGUCUCUGCGCUGUUUGUCGAGAAAUUGUAUCAGAGUAUUGUGGUGAGAAAAAUCGCCAAGAGUUGCUUGGUUUUAAGGGAUCUUGCUUAUUGGCACCGGCCGAAUGCUCGAUCUGGACGAAAUUCUGCGAAAUCGAUAUAAUCGAUGCGUUCAAAACGAUUCAGAAGAUGAGUUUUGAAAACGAUGGCGCGUUGAAUAACGAGCUGGUUAUUCCGUAUGCAUUUUCGAGAUUCGAAACGCAUAUGUCUCAGCCAGUACGUAUUCAUAAUAUUUACAAAUUAGCUCGUGAUAAGGCGAACGGAUUAACAGAACUACCAGGAAGCAACGAAUUGGACAAAGGUGAUGGACAAUUGAAGAAAUCCAAAGUGUUCAUUAAAAGUAGUGUCCCGAUAAAGGACUUGAAUAUUGACCAUCAUUUUGCCGAAGGUUGCUUUAUAACCCUAGCAGAUGUCAUUUUAUAUGCCUGCUAUUCGUUAUGCUUUACUCAAAUGUCCGCUAUAAAUAAAUUGCGGGAAACUAUUCCACUAACCUUUAACUGGUUCGAAAAUGUAACCAAAAAAGACGAAGCUUUCAAAACUACAUUUGAGUCCAUUCUCCUCCUUACACCGAAAAAGGACUCUGAAGAAAAUCCAAACAUUUCAUAUACAAAAGAAGAAACCGAAAAUUGUAGCCUGUACAAAAGCGAUCCAAAGCGCUACAAACCGAGAGAUCGUAUUUAUACCAAACAAGAUUGUGUUGAAGAGAGCUUAGAACAAUUUUCGCGACUCAAUAUAUCUGCUACUAGUGAAACUGGCAAGCAUUUCAACGAAGUCGAUUUAGAUUGCGAUGCUAUGUUCUUCGAUUCAUAUCCAGAAGUUGGGGACCUGCCAGAGAAGCGUAUAGUCCGAAAAAAGCAGCAACUUGAAAAUCUGGCGAAUGCCGUAAUCUCAAUCGCUAAGAAAGGAGAUCGGAUUGUUGACUUUUGUAGCGGAUCCGGACAUUUGGGAAUUAUUCUCGCCGCUAUGCUUCCCAAGUGCCACAUAAUUUUCCUCGAAAAUAAAGCAAUAUCGCUAAAACGUGCUCGAGAUAGAGCUGAAAAGUUGAACUUGAAAAAUUGUUCUUUCUAUCAAAGCAAUCUUGAUUACUUUAUCGGAAAAUUUGAUGUGGGAACGUCAUUGCAUGCGUGCGGCACGGCAACGGAUAUUGUUAUUUGGCAGUGCAUUCGCAAUCGAGCUAAGUUUGUGUGUUGCCCAUGCUGUUAUGGGUCGGUUACUUCGAUGCCUCAUAUUUCGUAUCCUCGUAGUAAAACUUUCAAUACAAUUAUGGACGAGAAGAAAUAUCUGUAUAUUGCACAUGCCGCCGAUCAGGCGCAUAAUGCUGAGAAGACUGAAUGCAAUCGAGAAAAAAGUGUGCAAGGACAAUAUUGUAUGGAUAUCAUCGACACCGAUCGGAAGCUUAUGGCUGAAGAGGCAGGCUAUAAUGUUAUUCUGACGCGACUGCAACCUGAGGAUUGCACGCCGAAAAAUCGCUUGUUGUUAGGCAUAAUUUGAAAAUUUUUCUAGUGAUAUUUUUAAGAUUGAAAAUAGAUUAUUGUGAGAAAAAAAUCGUUAUAAAAUAAAUGUAAAAAAAAAACCAAUAAAACUUGUUAACUAUUUA